AGCCACAUAAAUUUCAUAUUCACACUCACCACGCCUGUAUCAAUCUUAGUAUUGCAUUAGAGAGAGUUACAAUUAUCUUCAAACUAGUUAGUUUGCCCUUAUCCACACAUUGAAGUCUUAAACAAGCGGUACAUAAAUGUAAAUCACGCGGUAAAUUGACAUAGCACACAAUAUUUUAUUCAUAUCUUUUCCUCUUUUAAAAUCAAUUGAAUUUAUUUUCAUACUGUCUAAAUAUCACUGCUCUUUUUCUUAAUCAUCACUACUUUCACAUAAAUUUUGUGUCCAUAAUUUUGUUGUAAAAUUAUCAAGUCUAAGAGGGUAGCGCACUUUGGGAUGCGGAGGUGUGAGACAGGAGGAAAAAAAACCCAACUCCCUAACCUAAUGCGGCACCGGGCUCGAAUACCCCUGAUUCUGCAAGGCACAUGAGUCUGAACGCUAUGUUGAAUGCGUGAGAUAGACACUACACUACGUAGGUAUUUGUGCAAAUUAGGUGUCGAUCGAUCCUAGAAAUGGUGUUACAAGUAAUUAAUUAAUCAAUUACGGGCCAUUUGUUAUAGGCGGAUUGGAUAAAUCAACUGGUUAGAGUUAAGAUCAGUGAAAUAAGUUAAGAAGUAGAUGUUCUGAAUUCAAAUCUUGUUAUUUAAUGGUUGCAUAACUUAUAGAUUGUCGUAGAUUUUGCAUAAACUUUAAUAUUAUGAAGGAGCUCCGGGUUCAAUAAUUGUUUUCACAAAAAAUCGAACAUAAAUUUUUUAAAAUUAAUAUUAAUUUUAAACAAACUAAUUAGUUGCUUAAGCCCAAUUAUUUAGUUCAAUGAUAUACUCCUAGGUAAUUUGAUAUAAUAUAUUUAUUUUAUUUUUGAUUGGACAAAUAUGAGUGAUUAUGGAAAUUCCUACCAAAACAUAUUUUCUAUAGUUAGUCUAUAUUAAGACACGUACCAACACUAUAUAGUAUAUGCAAACUUUAGGAUAAUAAUAUGUGGGUGAGCAUUUGAGUAAAAGAGUCACUCACUACAUAUCUAGCUAGCAUUUUGGCAUUUGUAGAUAACAAACACUAUACAAAACACAAAGACAAAGAACGAAAUUAUGGGUUGCGCAUCUUCUAAACGUGUUGAUGCCACCGCACCCGCCGUAUAUCAACCACCACCAACUAGCUUCGCCGUCUUUGACAUAAACGCCAUAGAAGAGCCAUGGCUAAAACACCUCAACAACACAAACACCACCACAAUCUCCCAUGAAGAAAAACUCCCUCCCCCUAUUCUCCACAUCCUUGAUGCCACUGAAAAAUCUCCUCAAUCAUGGGAUGAAGUUAGUAAAACACUUCAACACCUCAAACCCACCGUUCAAGUUCAACCACCACCACCAUCACCACCACAAACACCACCACCAUCACAACAAUCACAACCACAACCACCACGUAAGGUUGCUUCAUUUCACACACUUGAAGAAUUAGAUGCAAAAUUAAGCCCAAAGAAUAACACCAACAAAGAUUCAAAAUCAGAUUCCAAACAACCACAAACACAGUUACAAAAAACAACAAAAGACGAUGUUGUUGUUGGUGGUGCUGGUGCUGAUGCUGGUGUUGGUUCAGUGAAAACAUUACUACCUUCAGUAUCAUCGAAAUUAAAGGAUAACAUAUUCAUAAAGAAAGAUAGAUUGGAGAAACAAAAAGAAGAGAAAGAAUCAAAUUUUGAAAGGUUAAGAAGAGACCCAUUAAGUAACUACCCAGAAAAAAUUCCACCAAACGGUAACGACGCUGUAGUAAUAUACACAACGUCGUUACGUGGUGUAAGAAAAACAUUUGAUAACUGUAACAAAGCAAGAGACUUGUUAGAAAAUCACAGGGUGAUUUUCGACGAGCGUGACGUGGCACUUCAUGGUGGGUUUUUGAAGGAAGUUAAAGAGUUGUUGGUAACAGAAGAAGAAUCAGGUGGUGGGGUUGUUUUGCCAAGGGUGUUUGUUAAGGGAAGAUAUUUGGGUGGUUUAGAUGAGUUGAUGGAGCUUGAUGAAACGGGUAGACUUGGGAGGAUAUUGAAUGCGACACGUGUGGAGAGAGGUGUUGGAAGACAAGGUUGUGGGGGGUGUGGUGGAGCAAGGUUUGUUCCUUGUUUUGAUUGUGGUGGGAGUUGUAAGUUGGUUAGUUCUGUUGGUGGUGAAAUUGAGAGGUGUCCUAAGUGUAAUGAGAAUGGGUUAGUUCAUUGCCCUGCUUGUAUUUGAAUUUUAAUUAAUAUACUUUGUUUAAUUGUUGUUUGUAAUCAUAUUGAUGAUUCAUAUACUAUAGUACUGUUUUAUUCAUAAAUAAAUAAAUCAAAUUUUACUGUCAA